GUGAGUAAGAGUGCGCGUUGUAGGAGAAAAAGACGAGUUCCAGGCACCAGAGACUCAUGUGGGUUCAGGACUGACCAGGUCUUUUGAUCGGAUUUCUAGGUGGACGGCUCAUACGAGAGAGGUGGAGUACGAAAUCAACCAAAAGAUUGGGAAUAUUAAUCUAGUAUUUGCACAGACUACAAGAAGAACAUGGGAUAUAUGGCAAACUUGUUUUCCAAAUUUAUCUAACUAUUCAGUCAUAUCUAAACAGUGCUCUUUUACGUGGUUGUCUUCCCUCUUCGUAUUCCCGGAGAGGUGGUUGAAGUAGGUUGUCAUACCUUCUGCUCGACCUGCAUAGGUUGUGCUCUUUUGGCGCAGACGUGCGGAGUUCCUUGUUUUCCUUUUGUCGCUACAGUCUCUAGUACCAAGUAGCUUACAAUCAUGGAACUAUCUACGAAGAAUGACCGACAACGGCGAGAAGGCAAUACAAACUCUGAGGUUACCAACACCAGAAAGCCACCGGUGGCUACUUUCCUCUCAAUUGGCAUUAUUUGCAUGAAAGUUCUUUGCAUCCAGGCAGCACCUAUCCAGUUCACCAAGGAGCCCAAAUCCCAGGAUGCAUUGCAUGGCCGCAGUGCCAUGCUCCGCUGUGAGGUCAGCGACCCAGCAGACAUCCAGUAUGGCUGGCUAAACAACGGUCAGCCCCUGGAUGACACCGAGAGGCGCUUCCGCGAGGUCAGCAACCUCAAGUUCACGGCGGUGGACCGGAGAGUGGACGCUGGGAACUUUGAGUGCGUGGCCACCAACACGGUCACAGGAGAGGAGGCCCACUCUACUAACGCCUCUUUCAACAUCAAGUGGUUGGAAAGUGGGGGUGUGACCCUGAAGGAGCCAGCCACGGAGGCAGAGAUCGAGAGCUCUGCACCAGUGACAUUGCGGUGCCACAUUGACGGACACCCGCGGCCUACGUGCCAGUGGUUUCGGGAUGGGAUGAGGUUGACAGAGAAGACCCAUCAAAUCAACAACAAAGAGCGCACCCUCACCUUCAAGAGCGCCAGCCCCGACGACAACGGCCUGUACUACUGCUGUGCCAAGAAUGCAGCCGGCCAUGUGUGCAGUAACGCCAACUUCACCCUCAACAUCAUAGAUAAGAGUUUCCCCCGGCCAGUAGUGACCCCAAGGGACCAGGUUGUCCUGAAGAAUGAGGAGGCUGUCUUCCACUGUCAGUUCACCGCUGUCCCAGAGCCCACUGUGGAGUGGUACUAUGACACUGAACUUCUCACCAACAAGUCCCGAGUGAUCGUGUACACCAACGGCACCCUGAUAAUCACCCAGGUGAAGCCCAGAAACACUGGCUCCUACAGGUGUGUGGGUAGAGGGCCCCGGGGCCCCGACGUCACGCUGGAGGCCUCCCUCCUCAUAGCAGAGAUUGAGGAUAUGUCCCCCAGACAGUCCCGGGUCUUCACAGCAGACACCAUGCAGCGUGUGUCCUGUACGGCCCCGCGUGGAAAGCCCCAGCCUGAGGUAUGGUGGGAGCGGGAAGGGGUGCGCGUCCCCACGGAGGGACGGGUGUACCAGGAGGGCAGUGAGCUGGUCUUCAGCCCCACCGAGCAGGGCGACUCAGGCUCCUACACCUGCGUGGCCCAAAACAAGGCGGGCCGCAAGACCCAGGAGCUGACCGUCACAGUGGCCACUGCCCCAGUGUGGGUAACCAAGCCCCAGGACAGCUACCUGGAGGAGGGAAGACCAGGCUACCUCCAUUGCCACGCUCAGGCUACCCCUGAGCCUGAGGUCACGUGGCACCGAAACAGCAUUAUGGUCAUGCCUGAGGACCCACGCUUUACAGUGUUCCCCAAUGGUACUCUGCGCAUCAAUAAUGUGGAGGUGUAUGAUGGUCAGAUGUAUGCCUGUGUGAGCAGGACAGAGGGAGGCAAGCUGUCUGGAAAUGCCAGAGUCUAUGUACUGGAGAAACUGAAGUUCACCCCUACGCCCCAGCCAUCUCAGUGCCUGGAGCUGGACAAGGAGGUCAACAUCCAGUGUUCUGCUACAGGCAGAGAGACCCCCACCAUCAAAUGGACCAAAGCAGAUGGUGGAGAGCUGCUUCCUCAUGUGGAGAUGAGGAAUAGCCAGCUCCACUUCACCAAAGUGACGCGCGCCGACGCAGGAAACUACACCUGUAUCGCCUCCAACAGCCUACAGGGGGAGAUCAGAGCCAUGGUCAGCCUCACUGUGGCAGUGUAUAUCCGCUUCAAGCUGGAGCCAGAGAACACUACAGUGUACCAGGGCCACACAGCCAUCCUACACUGCCAGGCCACAGCAGACCCUGAGCCCCGCGUCCAGUGGAUGGUCAAGGAUAAGGUGUUGGACACCAGCAGGAGAAGGUUCCAGUUAAUGGUCAAUGGCUCUCUGGUGAUAACAGAUGUCACCACGGACGACACAGGCAAAUACACCUGCAUUGCCGGAAACAGCUGCAGCAUCAGUGACCGUGUGGCACAGCUCUACGUAGUGGAGAAACCGGUGCAGACAUUGGUGGACCAUGAGGAGAAGGCACCCUAUAAAAUGAUUCAGACUAUAGGUUUGUCUGUGGGAGCGGCCGUGGCCUACAUCAUCGUGGUGCUGGGCCUCAUGUUCUACUGCAAGAAGAGACGCAACGCCAAGAGGCUGCAGAAGGGCCAGGAGGGAGAGGAGCCCGAGAUGGAGUGUCUUAACAGAGGGGCUGUACAGCAGAAUGGCCACACCACCGCUGAGAUCCAGGAAGAGGUGGCUUUGACCAGCGUGGGCACCAUGGCGGCAGCAGAGAAACGCCAUAGCAGUGCCAACGAAAAGCUACAGUUCCCCCGGGCAGACCUACACACCAUCACUACACUGGGGAAGGGUGAGUUUGGCGAGGUGCUGCUGGCCAAGGCGAAGGGCAUCGAGGAGGGUGAGGAGGAGACAGUGGUGUUGGUGAAGAGCCUGCAGAGCAAGGAUGAGCAGCUACAGCUGGAUUUCCGCCGUGAGGCCGACAUGUUCUCCAAGCUGAGCCACGGCAAUGUGGUGCGACUGCUGGGACUGUGUAGGGAGGCCGAGCCCCACUAUAUGAUCCUGGAGUAUUAUGACCUGGGAGAUCUGAAACAGUUCUUGAGAAUCUCCAAUAGCAAAGAUGAGAAAAUCAAGUCUCAACCUAUCACCCCCAAGACCAGAGUAUCCAUCUGUGCCCAGGUGGCUCAUGGGAUGGAGCACAUGUCCAAUCACCGCUUCGUUCAUAAAGACCUGGCCGCCCGUAACUGCCUGAUCAGCGGCCAACGCAGCGUCAAAAUCUCAGCUCCCAGCCUCAGCAAGGAUGUUUACAACAGUGAGUACUACCACUACCGGCAAGCGUGGAUCCCCCUGCGCUGGCUCCCGGCCGAGUCUGUGUUUGAGGAUGACUUCUCCACCAAGUCAGAUGUCUGGGCCUUUGGGGUGCUCAUGUGGGAGGUGUUCAGCCACGGGGAACUGCCAUACACCAAACUCAGUGAUGACGAGGUGCUGGAGGGUCUGCAGGCCGGAAAGAUUAAGUUACCCGUGCUUGAUGGCUGCCCCUCCAAAGUCUACAAGCUCAUGUGCCGCUGCUGGGCCCCAAGUCUCAAAGAGCGUCCCUCCUUCAGCGAGGUCGUCAACACCCUGGGGGAUCUGUCCUCCGACAGCAAUGUCUGAGAGGAGGACAACUGAACCCACCCCCACCCCAAGGAGUGACACC